AUGGAGGACGGCCCCAGGCCCAACGUCUCCGCACCCCUCCUCGUCGCCGUUGCGACGGACCUCAUCCGCAUCCAGACGGUGUUCCGCGAGCCGCCCACCGUCAGGCGAUUCGUGUUCGCCUUCCUCCUCCUCGUCUACGCCCUCACGCUGGUGGCCAAUUCACUGCUGUGCCUCGCCAUCGCCCGCGACCGUCGACUGCACAAGCCCAUGCACCUGCUCGUCGCCGCACUGGCCCUCACCGACCUGGUGGAGAACACCAACGCACUGCCGCGCACGAUGUACGACCUCGUCGGCGAUGCUCCCUAUAUCUCGGUGCCCUGGUGCAUUGCCAAGAUGUUCACCUACCACGUGUCCUUCCGCGUGCAUGGCUACAUCCUGGCGGCCAUGGCUGCCGACCGUUACCUGGCGGUGUGCCGACCGCUCGCCUACCGCAGUGCGGCAUCCAACGCCAUUGCACUCAAGGCCCUGGCCUUCGCCGUCGCGCUCGCCGCUGCCCAGGGCCUCGGCUACGUCGCCAUCGCGGUUAAUCUCGACCUGUGCAAGCCGCGCUCGUUGCUGACAUCCACGUGCGACUUCCUGGCCCUGAGAGUGCUGUCCUGCAACCACGUCGCCCUCGGGCAGGCGUACACCUUCGCCAUGUCGUUGGUGGGCAUAGCGCUUCCUCUGUGCGCCAUCGCGGCUUUCUACGCGCUCGUCCUGCACGAGUGCCGCAAGCCGGCCCUCCGCCGCGGCCGGAACAAGGCCCUGCGCACAUGCGGCACCCACCUCCUGGUGGCGGCCGUUUACUUCAGCGCCAUCCUCGCGACGUUCGCCAGCGGUGCGGGGGGCGGCACCCCCUCGUCUGCGGCAUCGCCGGAGCUGAGCGUGUCGCUCCAGAGCCUGCAGUUCGUCCUGCCGCCGGUGCUCAACCCCAUUGUCUACGGCCUGCGGACGGCCGAGGUGAAGGAGAGCCUUGUCAGGUUCUUGCGGAGCCGGGUUAGUCCUGGGAAGCCUCUCCCCCCUCUGCAGGAAGAUACGAGAAUCGGGUAG